AGCGGCGCUCUUCGCUGUAACCGGACACCGCUAUUUAAAGGGGCGCGCGGGCGCGCGCGCGCGACACUCUGCGCUCCCGCUGCCGCCGCUCGGAUGGACAGGAGCAGGACAUGAGGGACCCGCAGCACAGGAGACCCGUCCAAGUGCAGCCGAGCACUGCUCCCCGGUUCUCCCAGAGGCCCCCGGUCCGCUAGCGGCCCCCCAUGCUGUCCGUGCGGCGAGGGACAGAGUGCGGCACCCCGGCAGCCAGCGCGCGGAGAGCCUUGAUUGUCUGGAUUGUGAUAUAUUGUGCUUCUUUCCUGGGACUUGCUGAAAAACACCCUGACGAUGUGGAUGUUCUACAAAGCCUGGGCCUUGUGGCAAAGAGAGCACCGGGAGCAUCAGCAGGGCUACGUGCCCUUCCUCAAGGAGUCAUUCCAUUCAAAUCUGGUGUCUUCCUCACCCAGCAAGCUGAGAUCAGGGUCCCGCUGGUCUCCCUCAUCCCGGUGACCUUUGGCACCAACCUCUGCCUGGUCCUCAGCCUGUGCUCAUAUCACGUCAACAACGCCUUUCUCUUCUCCAUGGUGUCCAGGAAUAAAAAGCUGCUGCUGGGAGUUCAGUUUAUCACAGGGAAAAUUAUAGUCCAUCUGGGGGAGACGGAGUCUGUAUAUUUGGAUUAUAACAUUCAUAACAGGAAGUGGGACAGCCUGGCCAUAGCAAUCCAAGAGCAGACAGUCACCUUGUACACUUCUUGUGGGGAAAAACGUGUUUAUGCUGAUUUACAUUUUGCAAAGGUGGAAUCUCUAGAUCCAGAGGGCUCUUUCUUUUUGGGCAAAAGGAACCAAAAUUCCAUACAGUUUGAAGGUGCUAUUUGCCAGUUUGAUAUUUAUCACUCUUCUAAAGCAGCUCACAACUACUGCAAAUACAUUAAGAAACAGUGUAUGGAGGCAGAAACUUGUUGGCCAAAGCAGCAAACAUUAAUUCCUCCAUUACCGAAGGACCAAUCUGAGGCAAAGGAUACACCGGCAAUUCUGACAGAUGUAAUGGAUGUUAGUCUGGCUCCGACAGGGGUUGAGAUCAAAGACAAGCACAUAAAUCCAAGAGGACCAGUGAUGCCGGUGAACUUCACCCCAGUGCAAGGUUUCCAGAGGACCCAAACGCCUGGUACUACAUCAUCGCCAUUGCACAGCACUGCAGCUCUGGAUACAGCCAGCCAUACGAUUACUGGACCUGUUACAAUCAGUGAAGCUUUAUCCACCGUUCCUGGGCAAACCUCUGAAGAACUGACCGCCAGCAGUGGAGCUGAAGACCUCCUACUAGGGCAGGGUAUAAAAACUUCAGGUUUGGAACUGGAGCAUAUCAACUUCAGUGCUUCUCCACUUCAAGAGAUUCACCCAACAUUAGCUAAGGAGAGACUUGACCAAAAUCUCCAGCAAUACCCCAUAUCUGGUAGCUUCUUCCCAGUAACUCAAGCCACCAUAGAUGGUUAUCAAACCUAUACUGUGAAGCCAACUCAGUUUCCACUGGUGGCAGGACCUCCGGGACAGAAAGGUGAACCUGGGCCACCGGGACCUCCAGGUCCUCCGGGAAAGCCAGGACUACCAGGGAGGAGGGGGCCACGGGGGGAAGCAGGUCCACAUGGAAACCCGGGGCCCCCGGGAGUUCAGGGGUUAAAGGGAAUGAAAGGAGAGCCUGGUGUAUCACCUGGCGAAGCCCCGAGAGGAGAAAAGGGAGACCGAGGGAUGUUGGGCCCACCUGGAUUACCUGGUGAACCAGGCAGAAAGGGACAGAAAGGAUACACUGGUCCCCGCGGUUACCCAGGAGAACCAGGUGAACAAGGGCCCGCUGGAAGCCUGGGUGCAAAAGGAUACCCUGGCAGGCAGGGUUUGCCUGGGGCUGUGGGCCGGCAGGGGGCGAAAGGGUCUCAGGGGUUCAUCGGCGUCCCUGGGAUUUCUGGGCACCCGGGACCCGACGGAGAAAGAGGUAUUGCUGGUAUACCAGGCAAGAAGGGCCAGAUGGGUCGGCCUGGCUUUGCGGGAGAGUUCGGUGGACGAGGGACACCGGGUCUAGACGGAAAUCCUGGAGAACUUGGAGCACCUGGACCUGUUGGAGUUCCUGGUCUUCUAGGGGACGUUGGACCUGCUGGGGAUCUGGGGACUCCAGGACUAGAUGGACUCAAGGUCGAGUGUCGGACCCCCCGGUGCCCAUGUCCAAACUGCACGUGGGCCUUGAGACGUACAAGAGCACAGUUUUCUUUCGAUGCAGGAGGCGUGGAAGCACCGGAUGUCGCGGUCAUGAUCGCCUUGACGACUGACCUGCCCUCGGCUGUAUUUCAGGGGCUGCCUGGGAAUUCUGGUGAGCGAGGAAUGAAGGGUGAUCAGGGUGAGACGGGUCGUCCUGGAGAGCCUGGAGAGCCUGGUUUCCAUGGUGACAAGGGCGUCCAAGGUCUUCCGGGGCCCCCGGGACCUCGAGGAAACCCAGGUCCUCAGGGGAGCCCAGGUGACAAAGGUCCAGAAGGCGUGUCUGGCCCAUCGGGACCACAGGGUUUUCCAGGAGACAUCGGGCCGCCUGGACGGAACGGCCAGGAGGGCGUAAAGGGUGCGCACGGCAUGAUGGGGCCUCCUGGACCGAAGGGAGCAGUUGGACUCGAGGGUGACCAAGGACCGGCUGGACCACCUGGAGCCACAGGACUGGAGGGAAGACCCGGUCGUGUGGGCUUCCCAGGAGAGGAGGGACCCGAUGGCCCAAAGGGUCAACUUGGAGAACCUGGACAACCUGGAGCGACUGGCGAAAGGGGCCUUGUGGGUGUCGUCGGGCUGCUUGGAGAGACUGGAGCGACAGGAGAAAAGGGAGACCGUGGUGAGACAGGCUUCCCUGGACCCCCUGGAGAAAAGGGAGCUAUGGGUCACCAAGGAAUAACGGGUGAACCUGGACCACCUGGACAUCCAGGAAAACCAGGAGCAGCUGGGUCAGUUGGACAUGUAGGCACCAGAGGACCCAAAGGCGAGCAGGGUCCACAGGGACUUGAAGGUCCAGCAGGAAAGCCAGGAUCAGGAGGGCCAAAGGGUUCUGAAGGUCCUCCAGGACAGCCGGGCCUCCCUGGGUUGCAGGGCAAGGUGGGGGAUCCAGGCACAGUGGGGCCACAGGGAUUUCCAGGCGUACCAGGACCUUCAGGAUCCCCUGGAGCCAAAGGACCUGCCGGAGAACCGGCAAGUCGCACUAAACUUAUGUCUAAACUUCCCUUAUUUUUCUUCAGAAAGUUUUCAUUCCUGUUGUUGAAGGUGAAGUAUGUGGAAUUCAUGGAGUGCACAGAGCAGUGUGUGAACCGUGGUCCACAGGAGAAUAAAACAGGACCCCCAGGGCUGGCAGGAACCUUAGGCCCCCUGGGAGAGAUGGGCCUGCAGGGUCUGCCAGGGAAAGUGGGUAAGCCUGGGCUGCCGGGUGAAACAGGACAUAAGGGAGAUGUGGGGACGACGGGGGACAUGGGUGAGCAGGGCCUGAUCGGACCAGGGGGGGCGCCAGGCCUGGAAGGGGAACAAGGGCAUGCUGGACUUGAUGGUACCAAGGGUGAGAAGGGUAACUUGGGCCUGGAUGGAGAGAAAGGGGAGAAGGGCGGUGUAGGAGUUGAGGGCAAGGAAGGGACACCUGGAGGCCCUGGGCUCGCUGGCAUCAGGGGCCCAGAGGGAAAACCCGGUAAAAGUGGUGAAAAGGGAAUGCGAGGAGUGAAGGGCUCCAAAGGUCAGCUGGGUCACCUGGGGGAGACGGGACCUGUCGGAAGGCGAGGGCCACCUGGCUUUAUGGGUCCUAAGGGAUCGAGAGGAACCAUCGGAGCCUCGGGAGCUCCAGGGGGGAUGGGCGGGCCGGGAGGUCCAGGUCUGCCCGGAUAUCAGGGUCAGCAGGGACCGCAGGGCCCAGUCGGACCCCCGGGACAAAGAGGUGAAAAGGGGGGCCCAGGAGACGAUGGGCAGACUCUGGGACCUCCUGGUCCUCCUGGUAAAUACGGCUUUCCUGGAGCUCUAGGAGAGAGGGGUGAAUCGGGCGAGCCGGGGUUCAUAGGUCAGCAGGGCAUGGAUGGAGAGAACGGCAGAGCCGGCGCCCCUGGAAUGCCAGGAGAACCUGGAGCACCUGGAGCUCAAGGCCCAGAGGGAUCCCCAGGCAGCGCAGGCAGGGACGGCAGGCGAGGUCCGCGAGGGGUACCAGGGAGCCGCGGCCCGACGGGGCCCCUGGGGCCUCAGGGGCCAAAGGGACUGCAGGGAUCGCAAGGCUUGGAAGGUUCUCCUGGGCUCGACGGUGUCCCAGGCAAGGAUGGCAGCAAAGGGAUACUGGGGGAGCAGGGUGACGACGGUGGGACGGGGCUUCCCGGCACUGCAGGAGAAAGGGGGACGAGGGGGGGCCCAGGGCUCCCAGGUGACCGCGGUCCUGUCGGACUCAAGGGUGAGAGGGGUCUGCCUGGUCCAUUGGGCCCCCCAGGCAGAAGAGGUGUCCCAGGAGGGAUGGGAGCACCAGGCAAGCAGGGCGACGAGGGAGCCAAAGGGCAGCCUGGUGACAGAGGAGAAACAGGAUUCCCUGGAAUUCUGGGAGUUUUUGGACCAAAGGGCCUCCCAGGACCCCCUGGGCCAGCAGGGAUACAGGGGCCCAAGGGGCCACAGGGAUUGAUGGGACAGCGGGGUGCAGCGGGUCCAGUGGGGCCGGCCGGAAUAACGGGGCCAAGGGGCCAGUCGGGAACUAAAGGAGAGAAGGGAGAGCGAGGGGAAACGGGACUACAAGGACCAAGGGGGCCUCCUGGACCCCGUGGACCCCCUGGACCCCCGAACCAGAGGACCACACUCUGGCCCACCAUGGAGCGCGAGGCAGAGAUCUUCGAGAUCAUCCAUGACCUCAGCAGAGUGAUCACGAACCUCAGGAACCCAAUGGGUACUGCUGAGGACCCGGUGCGCACUUGCCAAGACCUGAGACGCUGCGAGCAGACAAUGAGUGAUGGUACCUACUGGAUUGAUCCCAACCUGGGCUACUCCUCAGACGCCAUCAAGGUGGUCUGCAAUUUCACUGCUGGUGGUGCCACCUGCCUGAAACCAGUCACAGUGUCCAAGCUGGAGAUGGGCGUGGGAAAAGUGCAGAUGAACUUCCUACACCUGCUAAGCACUGAAGCUCUUCAGCACAUCAUAGUGCACUGUCUGAACGUGGCGGUGUGGAAAGUGAAUGCAUCCCAGACACCUUCCCAGAAGGCUUUGCGCUUUAAAGCCUGGAAUGGACAAGUAAUACAAGCUGGUGGAGCUACGGGACCCCGUGUGCUGGAGGACAGCUGCUGGAUGACAGACGACCGCUGGCAUCGCACACAUUUCGUGUUUCACAGUCAAGACAGCAGCCUUCUCCCCAUUGUAGAUAUGUACAACCUGCCAAUCACUGGACCUGGAUCAUACUUCCAUGUAGAGGUGGGACCUGUGUGCUUCUUAUAGAGGCGUCUGUUCUGAGGCUCAGUACAUCCCCCGGGGGAGACUCUGCCUUCCCAGCAACAGUGACGGUGGAGCCUGAGUGCCCACAGAAACAGGCUUUUCAGAAACUUUUGUUGACUAAAGUCCUGGAAAUCCUAAAGAAAUUCUUGCAAAUAAUUUUUGAUGGAAUUCUUAAAAUUCUCGACUUAUUCAUGUGAUGGCAAUCAAAAUGUAAGCAGAAUAGAGCCGUUCCAUUACAGUACGAGCCUGUUCUCAUUGUCAAAUUACAUUCACAUGCAUGUUCUGUAAAUAAAAGUACAGAACGGCCCAUUCAGGGGUUCUCUUUUAAACACACUUUUUGUUCUUGUGUGUCACAUUACAGAUUAGAGCCUGUAUUGCAUUACACAUGGUAUACAGGAGGACUAAAGUGCAGGAAUCACUGCGGGGUCCAGGCCACUCGUAUAGUAACUGGACAAACACAGGGGUCACCUAAUGUCACACACGAGCGCAAUGACUAUACAGUGAGUGUAUGUUUUUAAACCAAAACCUACCCUUUCAAGGAAAAUAUUUGUAUUUUUUCCCAACAGAUUUUAAUCUUGGGCCUGGCAACACCUGAUGUAUGCUUGUUCUUUUUGCCUUCAGAGCUGUUAAAUUAUUUUGUGCUGAGUGAGCGUGUUCAUUAAACUGCCAUUUAAAAUCAAGUUAAAGGAAACUUGUGAUUUAAUGAUUAACUACAUUUUUUAGCCAUGUGAAAUGGACCUGGUGUUGAAGAAUUCCUGUUAAACUGAGGGUACUUGCGGUAAUGUGUUCCUUUAACUUGAUCAUUUGUGAAACUUUAAUAAAUCCAUGUUGA